AUGUUUGACAUAUUAUCAAUGAAUAUUGAGCCGGGGAUUCUACAAUCUCAUUGCUCGAUUGAUAAAUCAUGGGAGAAGUUCUUAUAUAACCCUUAUGAGAAUUCAAUAAAUCCAUGCUUCUUAUCAUUUUUCAAUGGUUGUUUUAAUGCUAUCUUUGCCAUUCCAAUUCUUUAUAAAAUUAUUCAAUUAUUAUAUUAUAAUUCUUAUGGACUCAAUAGUAUUAAAUAUUCAUUUGGUUCAACUUUCAACUUAAGAAGUGUUGGAAUUUAUAAUAUCGUUAAAUAUAAUGCUAUAUUUAUUCAAAUUAUUUUAAGUUUAGUAUUGUUAAGUUUUAAUAGUAAAAGUUUUAAUGAUGUUAAAUUCUUAUCAUUAUUAGUUCAAAACUUAGUCUUAAUUAUGUUAGUUUUACCUCUUCAAUUGAUUGAACCAACAAGAAAUAUUAUCGCUAGUUCUCCUUUAUUAUUCUAUUGGGUUUUAACUCCUGUUAUUUAUUUUGUCAUUGUUAUUCAGGAUUUUUUUUCUCCUUAUAAGAUUUAUAUCCCAAAAACUGACAUUGCUAUUCAGUCAGUAGUUCAUGUGGUUGAAGUGUUUUUAUUCAUCAAUUCCUUAUGUAUUUACAUUUUACAAACUUAUUUUUAUAAACUGUCAGUUGAAUUAAUUGAUUAUUAUAAUUUGAAUGAUUGGGAUAUCACAUCUGUUAGAAAUGUUUAUGAAAGAUUUUAUUUCCUUUACAUGAGAAAAAGUAUUAAAAUUGCUAAAGAAACUAAUACUAUUGAUAUCAAUGAUUUGCCAUCAUUUACUCCUGAUAUUCAAAAUGCUAAUGCUUAUAAAUUAUUCUUACAUUAUUGGGAUAAAUCCGUUGCUAAAGCUGCUGCUCAAACUAAAGAAUUAAGAUUAAAGGAUAAGAAUGCUAAAGCCGUUAAACCUUCAUUAUUCCGUCCCCUUGUUUAUAUGACAAAAUGGUAUUUCUUAGGUUGUACAAUUUUCGAUAUUCUUGAAUUUUGUACUCAAAUUUCACAACCUUUCUUAUUGAGGAAAUUCCUUAUUUUUGCUACUGAUAGAGUUCAAAAUGUUGGUGAUGAGCCAAAACAACCAAUUAUUGUAGGUAUUGUCUUAGCUACUUUGAUUUAUAUUUGCUCGGUUGGUCGUUAUACUUCAUUCAACAGAUAUUUCUAUAAUACCCAAUGUUUAGGUGAUACUAUUUCAACUGCUUUAUCAUCUCAUGUUUAUCAAAAGGGUAUGAAAUUAUCUCCUAAGGAAAGAAAAGACAAGAGUGUUGGAGAAUUAGUUAAUAAUAUGGCUCAAGAUGUUGAUACUUUGUCUGAAGCUCCAACUGUUAUUACUACUAUUGUUCUUCAACCUGUUAGAUUAUUCUUUUAUAUGGUAACUUUAUAUCAAUUCCUUGGAAUCGGUGCUUUGGCUGGUUUGGGUGCUGCUGUUAUUUUAAUUCCUCUUGCUUCUGCUUGUUUUGUUUUCGUCAUCAAACUUCAAGGUUCUUUAAUGAAACAUAAAGAUGCCAGAUCAAAAUUAAUGAGUGAAAUUUUGAAUUCUAUCAAAUCUAUCAAAUUAUAUUCCUGGGAAAAUCCUAUGUUGGAAAGAUUGAAAUCUAUUAGAAAUGGUAAAGAAUUACUUGUCUUAAGAAAUUUAGGAAUUUUAUCAGCUUUCAUCAAUGGUAUUUGGGAUUCCAUCCCAUUUGCUGUGGCUGUAGCUUCCUUUAUUUGUAGUGGAGUUUUCGGUAAUACUGUUUUAACUCCUGAUGUUAUUUUCCCUGCCAUUACUAUUUUUGAUUUAUUAACUGAACCUAUCAUUGUCUUACCAUCAAUUCUUUCUAGAAUUUCAGAAUCUAAAGUUGCUAUUGAUAGAUUAAUCAACUUGUUCGUUAUGGAGGAACUUGAAGUUGAAGGAUUAGAAAGAACUUACAGACCUUUGAAGAAAGGUGAAGAAGCUGUUACUUUAAAGAAUGCUAGUUUCCUCUGGACAAAAGAAGAACCAAAGGAAAUCAAACCUCCAGUUGAUGAAGAAAAUGAUAUCGAAAAUUCCCAACCAAAGGAAGAAAUCAACCCUGUUGCUUUAACUGACAUCAAUUAUGUUGCUAAGAAAGGGGAAUUAUCAUGUCUUGUUGGAAGAGUUGGUACAGGUAAAUCUACUUUAUUAAAAGCUAUCUUGGGUACUAUGUUAGUUGACUAUAAACCGGAAACUGUUCUCAAAGUUAAUGGAUCUAUUGCUUAUUGUGCACAAAAUGCUUGGAUUUUAAACGCUACUGUUAGAGAUAAUAUCUUAUUUGGUAGAAAGUAUAAUAAAGCUUUCUAUGAAGAAACUAUUGCUGCUUGUGAAUUAACUAAAGAUUUUGAAGUAUUACCGGAUGGUGAUAGAACUGUUGUAGGAGAAAAAGGUAUUUCAUUAUCUGGAGGUCAAAAAGCUAGAAUUUCUUUAGCUAGAGCUGUUUAUUCCAAAGCUGAAAUUUAUAUUUUGGAUGAUAUUCUUUCUGCUGUUGAUACUCAUGUUGGUAAAAAUAUUACUAAGAAUGUUUUAGGUAAAUCAGGUUUAUUAGCUUCAAAAACUGUUAUUUUAGCUACUAAUUCUGUACUUGUCUUACAUGAAGCUGAUAAUAUUUGCUUAUUGAAUGGUGGUAAAAUCGUUGAAACUGGUACCUUUGAUCAAGUUAUGUCAACUGGUUCAGAUUUAGCCAAUUUAAUCAAAGAAUUUGGUAAAAAAUCCGAAGAACAAGAAUUGGAAGAAGCUAAAAUUGAAGAAGAGGAAGAAAAUGCCAAAAAACUUCAAAAACAAGCUUCUGAAAUCAAAGAACAAACUAAAGAUGCUAAUUCUGAUGAUGAUGAUUUGAAACCUUUCAUGCCAGAAGGAGAAUCCAACAACACAUUAACUAGAAUUGAAACCAAUCAUACUGCUGCUCCAUCAUUUGUCUCAUAUGGCCAUAUUUACGAGGAUGAUUUUGAUGAUAGUGAUUUAGUCAAGAAAACAGGUGAUACUGAUGAAAUCCAAUCUAAAGGUAAAGUUGAUUUAAGAAUCUAUUUCACAUAUUUGAAAGCCUGUGGAUAUGGUUGGAUUUCUUUCUAUGUACUUUUAUCCACUGGUGGAAUUUUCGUUACCAUCAUAAAUUCCUUCAUUUUGAAACAUUGGUCAGAAGAAAAUGCUAAAUAUGGACGUAAUGUUGACGUAGCUUUCUAUUUAGUGGCUUAUGCCGGAGUGGGUGUUGCUGGAGUUUUAUUAAGUGUCUUGGCUUCCAUUAUUAUUAGAGCUUAUGUGAUUUUGAGAGGUUCAAAACAUUUCCAUGAUACUAUGGCAGCUGCCCUUUUCAGAUCCCCAAUGUCCUUCUUUGAAACUACUCCAAUCGGUAGAAUUUUGAAUAGAUUCACUGAAGAUAUUUCCGUUAUUGAUUCUCAACUUAUUUGGGCUAUUACUUUAUUUGUUACUUUUGUUUUCAGAGCUGUAGGUGUUUUCGGAAUUGUUAUUUACAAUUUACCAAUUAUGUUUGUUGUUCUUGGUGUCUUAUUAUGGUUUUAUGAUUAUUUCAGAAGACAGUUCAUUCCUGCUUCAAGAGAAUUGAAAAGGUUAAGAUCUGCUAAUAAAUCUCCAGUUUUCUCUCAUUUACAAGAAUCAGUAACUGGUGUUGAUACUAUUUGGGCUUAUGGACAAUUUGAUAGAUUUAAUCACAAAUUUUCUCAUAAUUUAGAUAAUUUAGUUAAAACUGAUCAAUCUAACUUGGGGGUUAAUCGUUGGUUAUCAAUGAGGUUACAAGGUUUAUCAGCAGUCAUUGUAUUCUGUUGUACAUUGUUAAUUGUUUCCACCUUUACAACUGCGAAUCCUUUGACUCCAGGUUUAACAGGUUUCAUUAUGACUUAUGUUUUAGAUGUCACUGGAACCUUAAAUGCUAUUGUUAGAAGUUAUGCCGAUUUGGAAACAAGAUCAAUUACAAUUGAAAGAAUUGUUGAAUAUUGUAAUUUAAAACCAGAAGCUGAAAUGUCUAUUGAAACCACUAAACCCGAAGAAUCUUGGCCUCAACAUGGUGCUAUUAGUUUCAAAAAAUAUGAAACUAAAUAUAGAGAAAAUUUGGAUCCUGUUUUGAGAGAUAUCGACAUUGAUAUAAAACCUGGAGAAAAAAUCGGUAUCGUUGGUAGAACUGGUGCUGGUAAAUCUACUUUAACUUUAGCAUUGUUCCGUAUUAUUGAAGCUUCAAAAGGUCAUAUUGAAAUCGAUGGUGUAGAUACUUCAAAGAUUGGAUUAUUUGAUUUGAGAUCAAAAUUAAACAUCAUUCCUCAAGAUUCUCAAGCUUUUGACGGUACUGUUAGAGAAAAUUUAGAUCCUUUCGGUAAACAUACUGAUGAAGAAUUAUGGAAAGUACUUGAAUUAUCUCAUUUGAAAGAACACAUCGAAAGUAUGAAAACUGAAAAGAAAGAAGAUGAUGAAGCUAAUGACACUAAGAAAGAUACAAAGAAAGACACUACUCCAGAAAUCGUCAGUGGAUUAGAAGCUAGAAUCACCGAAGGGGGUUCCAAUUUAUCUGCUGGUCAAAAACAAUUAUUAUGUUUAGCCAGAGCUUUGUUAAAUCCAUCUAAAGUAUUAAUUUUAGAUGAAGCCACUGCUUCGGUUGAUGUUCAAACAGAUAAAAUCGUCCAAGAUACUAUCAGAACCAAAUUCAAUCAAAAGACAAUUUUAACCAUUGCUCAUAGAAUUGAAACUAUCUUAGAUAGUGAUAGAAUUUUAGUUCUUGAAAGAGGUGCAGUUAAAGAAUUUGCACCUCCCGGGGAAUUAUUGAAAGAUACUUCCUCCAUCUUUUAUUCACUUUGUAAAGAAGGAGGUCACCUCCCGAAAGAAUAA